AUCCAGACCGCAGACACACGGUAGCUUAUCGUGGUCAAGUUCGUCAUUUAAUAAACAAGUAUAAGACAGAAGAGCAGCAGCAGCAGCAGCAAAAUGGCUUGUAACAAAUUAUUAAUCGGAGCGAUUCUGUCGCUCUUCUGCGCCUAUUACGCUUACGCCCAAGUGCAGCAGCAGCCGCAGCAACAAGGCCAGACCUACCAGAUGGACCAGAUCUGCCUGGGCUGCAUCUGCGAGGCCGCCUCGGGUUGCAACACCACAGUGGGCUGCGUGGGCGACGUCUGCGGUCCCUUCCGCAUCACCUGGGGCUACUGGGCCGACGCCGGCAAGCCGACCGUCGGUAAUCAGCCGGCCUCCAGCAAUACGGCCUACUCGGAUUGCGCGAACGACGCCUUGUGCGCCGGUAGAACCGUGCAAGGAUACAUGAACAGAUUCGCUCAGGACUGCAACGGAGACGGCCGCAUCACCUGCGACGACAUCGCCCGCGUCCACUACCUCGGCGGCUACGGCUGCUCCACGGGCCAGCUCGAGAAGAAGUACGAGGCCGGCUACUACAACUGCCGACAAGCCUUCCCCAAUGCCGCGCCAUGAGAGAAAGAGAUUAAAAGUCAUCCACAGAUCCGUCCAUCCGCAAUUUCGUUAAUUAUUUUAUAAUAAAUAAAAACAUUUAUUUGUACUAACUAUUUAAGGUAGUCCAGCCAAGUCUCUCAUUUUUAUGUAAAAGCAUCAUCGAGAAGAGUGCGUGACUCCAUUAGUAUGUAGAAUCGUAACGAGCUUUAAUUUUUUCAUUGUGUACGUGCUGCGUGUGUAAAAGUGACGUUUAUAUAUUAAAAAGGCAGUAAAAUAGAAACGACAGAAAAA